CUUUUCUCUUCAGAUUCCUCGCCCCGCCACUCGAUCGUAUCCCAAACCAUUUAUCUCCACUGCUAGCUUGCCCCUGCUGCACCAAACACUCAAUUCCAGACCGUGUCUUAUCCACAGGCAGUCACCGUAGUCAUAUCUAGAAAAUUUUGAUAGUCAUUCGGACAACCAUCUAAGAACAGCAACGAGCCGCUUGUGUCUGUCUGCUGUAGCUAUCAAUUUCAACACCCACCGAGUCCAGACACUUCUUGCUUCAUCUGGUUCUACUCGCAUUCAUUGUGUUUCCAAGUUUACUCCACAAUUGCUUUACCCCAGAGUCGUGGGCAAUUGUAGUUCAAUCGCACAGCACAAUUCACAAGUCUUACGAAACACAACCCAUAACAGGCUAUUACUCAUAACAGAUUCUUGUAUUCGUAGCUGGAGUUCUUGCCGGCUUCAUCGACACCAACAGAUUUCUAUUACUAAUUAUCACUGAAUUGUCAUUACAAAUACAACAGACUACAGAAAUCCUUGCAAUCACUACAGAAUUCACGAGCAAUUCAUAACACCAUUCUCAUCAUUCAAUUCUUAUCAACAUACAAUCGAUAAGGAUUACUUUUAUUCAUUUCACAAUUACUUUCAUAUCUCCCAUAUCCAUAUAACACCCCAUACUCACCAUCACAAUGAUGUCUCGAACUGAGAGACGCAAAUCUAUGGCUGAAAGAAGACCCAGCGUCUCGUACACCCCUCUGGUGAUUCCCCAUUUGGCCGGCUUGGAAAAGCCACAGGAACCUUCGUUGAAAAUCGACCAGUGUGAUGUUUUAAUCAUGGGAACGGGCCUAGUAGAGUCGAUCCUUGCUGCCUCUUUGUCGUGGCAAGGUGUCCAGGUGCUUCAUAUCGACAACAAGAACUACUAUGGAGACUCGUCGUCGACAUUGACCAUCGACCAGUUGAAGAAGUGGUGUAUGGAAGUGAAUCUGGGUCGUCUCCAGCAUUUCCAAGAUGCCCAGAUCUACAUUCCUGGUGGUAAGUCGACCAACAAGUUCAACUCCAAAGACUACGGCAUCGACCUCAGUCCCAAGGUCAUGUUUUGCAAGUCGGAUUUGUUGGCAUUGUUGAUCAAAUCUCGUGUGUACAAGUAUCUUGAGUUCCAGAGCUUGAGUAACUUCCACGUCUUUGAAAACGACGAUUUCUCCCAGAAAAUCACUACUCAGACUUCGAAAGAAGACAUCUUCACCGACAAGUCGUUGUCGCUAAUUACCAAGCGGAACUUAAUGAAGUUCCUCAAGUUCAUUCUCACGGACAACAAGGAUCCUGUGAAGAAGAAGAUCUUAGUAGAUAACGGCAAGGUCAAAGUCCAAGACUUCUUGGUCAAGCAAUUCAACCUCGAGCUUCCACAGAUCAAUGAGUUGGUGUACUCCAUCGGCUUGUGUAUCAAUGAAGGCACCGAGACCAGAGAAGCCAUGGCCAAAAUCAAGCGCUUCUUGGUCUCUUUCGAUGUCUAUGGUAGCUUCCCAGUAAUGGUAUCAAAGUACGGAGGACCAGGAGAAAUUUCCCAAGGUUUCUGUCGUAGUGCUGCUGUCGCUGGAACAACUUACAAGUUGAACACAUCCCUUGUAGAUUAUGACCCCAGACUGAAGAUCGCCAAAUUCAACGACGGUAGUCAUGUAAAGAUUAACGAAAAGUUAGUCAUUUCGCCUACCCAAGUGCCCAAGUUCUUGCAAUCCAAUUAUAAUGAAGUCACCGAGAAUCUCAAGCAAUUCAGCAUAACUCGUUUGAUCACUGUAGUCAGAAGGGAUUGCAAGGAAUGGAUGGCAGAACAGGACUCUUCAGCAAUUGUGGUCUUUCCUCCACAUUCGCUUCCUACUAACAACGAACAGAGCGUCCAGGUCAUCAUUCAAAACGGUAAUACCGGUGUUUGUCCCGAGGGUCAGUCCAUCUGGUUCAGUCACACAAGUGAACAGGACUUGAAUCGUGCCAAACAGGAUUUGGAAAGCGCCUACGAGAAAAUGGAAGCCUCUUUGUUACGUGAAGCCAAUGCUGACUUAGAAGGUGCCUUUGAUGACCAGGACUUUGUUCUCAGCGCACAGGGUACUCCAGUAUUUGUCAACUCGUUCAAGUUGGGCGAAUCCUUACAAAACUUUGUGCCUAAGGAAAAGUUGGAAAUAGUCUGUAAAGUAGGAUAUGUGCAGAAGACAUAUGCCAAUCCCGAUUUGUCUAACAUCUUCCAUGCCACAGCUGAAGACAAUGUCGUCUUGAAGAACGUAGCGGAUGCUGAAAAUGACAUUCUUUUCUCCAACAUGCCUUCUGCAGAGUUGAGCUAUGAUGGUAACAUCAGUGAAGCGAAGUUGAUCUACCAGAAGAUCACAGGCUCUGAUGAAGAUUUCUUCGACGUAGAUUUUGAAGACGAUGACGACGAUUACGACAACAAUGACCCACAUGACUCAAGCAAUUUGGGCUCCUCAACCACCUUAAAGUCGUCUAGUUCCAAUGCUCUAGCUUCCGAUAACGAAGAUGUCAUUGUAGACUCUUCAGAUGAUGAUGACCACAAUCCUUUCGGAGCCGACGAGAUGGAGUUGUAAUUUAGCUAUAACAAUUCGUAUUAACGAAGUUGACGAGGUUGCUACCGAAGCUUAUUGCCAUGUUCUUAUAGCUGCAUGUAUUCUGCUUUGGCUCUUGCCUGGAUGACAAGCCUGUAGUCGUUUUAAUUCUAUUCAAAAUCAACUGUCUAAAUAGCUUGUUCUUAUAUACUUUGGUUGCUUUUACUGUUAAUUUAUUAAUCUACCGUUCG